UAAAUGUUUUAUGUGCCUGUGAACCGCCCUGAGUCCUUCGGGAGAUAGGGCGGUAUACAAAUAUGAAUAAUAAAUAAAUAAAUAAAUUUGACAGUUAUACCAUAGUUAACUAAAUAUAUAAUUAACAUGAAACAAUAGGCAUAUGGGCACAUAAAUAAAAAGCAGUUCUCUACUUCUCCGUAUAACCUCAAAAUCAAAUAGCUAAAUGGAUUGGUCAUUUCAGUGAUUAAAAUAAUCUUUUGCAUUAGAAUGAUAACAUUCAUUUCUUUGAAAGUACAAUAUAGGAUAAUCGUGUUUUAAUCUGAUACUAAAAAACAGGUUCCUGUCAAAUUCUGCUUAGGGUAUCAGAACUGAAUCUUAUUGUUGUCCACUCAUUUUUUUGUAGUUGAUGGCACCUUGAAUGUACCCCUUCCAAAACUGGCAGGAAGAGCUAUUGUAUAUAAACGGGUAGCAAAUCCUAUACUCAUUUGGGAAUUAAAAUGUUAUCCUUAUUUUUAUGACUGGCAAGGUAAAAUGAUAUAAACAGUCAGCAAACCUCUUACUUAUUUACACUAAUGAUGUUACCUAGUUGGGCAAUGAAAAUGUCUGUAAGCAACAACCAAGCUGAGAGAGCACCUAGAAUACCACAGUUCAACCCUGAGCUAUAGAUAUUCUCUUCUCUUGAAGUUUAAUACCCUGAUCAUUUGACAUGGGUAGAAAUUAAGAGUGUAUUGGAAAUGUCCUUGCUCUCUCCCCUCCCUCCCUCCCUCCCCCACAUACUGAUAACUCCUUCCCUCAAGAGCCUGUAGUUCAUUUUCACCAACUGGCUUUUCUGGUUUUGGUGGAAUUGCUUUCUUGUCCUGUCAUUUACUCUACUGACUGAGGACAACAAUUACUAUAGCAUGUUACACCUGAUUUUAUAUUAGCCUGCAGGUAAGGAUAGAUGACUUGUCCUCUAGCAUUCACAUUUUAAAAUUCAAAUAGCAUAUUUUGUAGUAAAAAAGCAUUCUUAGCAUAGAAAAAAUGGUUGCCCUGUCCUCUAGCAUUCACAUUUUAAAAUUCAAAUAGCAUAUUUUGUAGUAAAAAAGCAUUCUUAGCAUAGAAAAAAUGGUUGCCCUGUAAUAUAGCUUGACCUAGAUCAGGAGUCGGUAACUUUAAAUACUCAAAAGAGCCACAAAGGUCCUAACCGGAAGUCCCCUGUACGGAGAUCCGGUUCCCCCACCAUAGUCUCCUCCUAGUGUGGCAUCCUUUUUCCUAUGCUGACUGGAAGUCUGGUUCCCCGCCCUCCCCAGUAGAGUCUCCUCCUAGCACGGUGUCCUUUUUCCUAUACCUGUCCUAACUGAAAGCCCUAUCAAUUGUGGAGCUGACUGGUGACAGGGAGCCGCAGCAGAGGGAUGAAAGAGCCACAUGCGGCUCCAGAGCCGUGGAUUGCUGACUCCUGACCUAGAUGGACAAGUCCAUGCAAUUUUCAUGGCAAGCAUCAAGAGGUGCCCCCAACCACCUGAGGCAGAUGGAGAUAAGGAUCAGCGGACAGUGACCAUCAAUCCUUGUCAUAUGGGAAAGGCAUUCAAAGUCAUGAAUGAAUUAAGGAGCAAGCGGCUUCUUUGCGACGUGGUAAUUGUUGCUGAAGACAUUGAAAUCGAAGCCCACCGUAUUGUCCUAGCAGCUUGCAGUCCAUAUUUCUGUGCAAUGUUUACAGGAGAUAUGACGGAAAGCAAAGCAAAGAAGAUAGAGAUCAAAGACGUUGAUGGACUAACCUUAAGCAAACUAAUUGAUUAUAUCUACACAGCAGAGGUAGAGGUCACGGAAGAGAAUGUCCAGGUUUUACUGCCAGCUGCCAGUUUGUUACAGCUAAUGGAUGUUCGACAGAACUGUUGUGACUUUCUUCAGUCUCAACUCCACCCCACAAAUUGCCUUGGAAUUCGCGCCUUUGCAGAUGUGCACACGUGCACAGAAUUAUUGCAACAGGCCAAUGCCUAUGCAGAGCAGCAUUUUCCUGAAGUGAUGCUUGGUGAAGAAUUUCUUAGCCUAAGCUUGGACCAGGUUUGCAGCUUGAUAUCAAGUGACAAGCUCACAGUGUCAUCAGAGGAAAAGGUCUUUGAAGCUGUCAUUUCGUGGAUAAAUUAUGACAAAGAAUCUCGCUUGGAACACAUGGCAAAGCUGAUGGAGCAUGUUCGUCUUCCUCUCUUGCCCAGAGACUAUCUUGUACAGACAGUUGAAGAAGAAGCUUUAAUCAAGAAUAAUAACACAUGUAAAGACUUCCUCAUUGAAGCCAUGAAAUAUCACUUACUUCCUCUGGAUCAGAGACAGCUGAUAAAAAAUCCUAGAACCAAGCCAAGGACUCCAGUCAGUCUGCCAAAGAUAAUGAUUGUGGUGGGUGGGCAGGCACCAAAAGCCAUUCGAAGUGUAGAGUGUUACGACUUUGAGGAGGAGCGAUGGGAUCAGAUUGCUGAACUUCCUUCUCGGAGAUGCAGAGCAGGGGUCGUAUUCAUGACAGGCAAAGUCUAUGCAGUGGGAGGUUUCAAUGGCUCUUUGCGGGUUCGGACGGUCGAUGUGUAUGAUGCAGUGAAAGACCAGUGGACAUCUAUAGCUAGUAUGCAAGAAAGACGAAGCACUUUAGGAGCUGCUGUGCUCAAUGAGCUCCUGUACGCUGUUGGUGGAUUUGAUGGAAGUACUGGUCUGGCAUCUGUGGAGGCUUAUAAUUACAAGGUCAAUGAAUGGUUUUUUGUGGCGCCUAUGAACACAAGAAGAAGCAGUGUUGGAGUUGGAGUUGUAGAGGGUAAACUCUACGCUGUUGGUGGAUAUGAUGGAGCAUCACGCCAGUGCCUUAGUACUGUGGAGCAGUAUAAUCCAUCUACAAAUGAAUGGUCUUACGUUUCUGAUAUGAGUACUCGGCGCAGUGGUGCAGGGGUUGGUGUUCUUAGUGGCCAGCUAUUUGCUACUGGAGGGCAUGAUGGUCCUUUGGUGAGGAAAAGCGUGGAAGUGUAUGACCCUGGAACAAAUACAUGGAAACAAGUAGCAGAUAUGAAUAUGUGCAGAAGAAAUGCAGGUGUGUGUUCAGUGAAUGGACUUCUUUAUGUAGUUGGGGGAGAUGAUGGUUCUUGCAAUUUGGCCUCUGUAGAAUACUAUAAUCCUGUCACUGACAAAUGGACACUAUUACCAAGCAACAUGAGCACUGGAAGAAGUUAUGCAGGUGUAGCUGUGAUCCAUAAACCAUUGUGACACCUAUCUGUGUGACUGCAACACAAGAAAUGAUGUCUGUCUAGUUGUGUUUUGGAAGACACUGGGGAUUUUUCAUUGCCAUACUAACGCUGCACUACUAGCCUGACAAGCAUAUAUAAUAAGAGCAUCCCUUUCUUCUCAACAUGCCACUGCUGGGAACAAAUUCCAGAAAUAAGGUGUUGCUUAUUUUGUGGGUGUUCUGUUCUGUUUUUGUGUGAGCUGUUUUAUGUACAGCCAGGAUUGAGAUUGGAGUGAAUUUCUCAAGAAAGAGGAAAUGUUUCUCUACAGCUUGUGACUGGGAGAAACUUUUUUAAAAGGAUUCUUUACUACUGACAGUGAAUUAAGUAUUAGACAUAAUUUUUUACUGGGUUAUAAAUACUUAAUUACACUCACAGAAACUAGAAAUUUACAAAAUACCCAUAAAAACUGUCUGGGAAGCCGACCAGAAGUUUAUUUGCUGUAUUGUAUCCAAUCUGUGUACAUAUCCUAUUUGACUACUGUAAAUGUAUAAUUUUUGGGUGCUGGAGGUAUCCACUGUAUGAUUUUUCUCUUGUGGCAAAAAUCCAGAUUCAUCAAAUUGACUUGAUGAGCCAAGUAGUGUGUUUCUCUGAACUUCAAAUGCCCAAACACCAGAAACACCGUUGAAAUGCAGUGUUCUGCUGCUUUUUGAACAGACUUUUUUUUCCCUCAAGGUUGACUUUGGUGGAGUGGAGUGAUGGGGGAAUGUAAUGUAUUCGUUGGCAACAAUUGAAAAACUAAUCAGAAAAAGCCAGCUGAACCUACAGUCUGUUUUUGGUACUGUGAUAUGGUAUCAUCUUCAACAGUGUAGAACAGCCCUGUCAAACAGGCGGCCUGUGGGCCAGAUGCAUCGCAUGCAAGCCAUGCCCACUCCAGUUCUGCAAAGGCAAAAAAAUGUCACAAUACAUCAAGAUGCAAUCGAGUUUGACACCUGUGGUAUAAAAUGAUGGAAAUAGGCCACAAAGUUCCACACUGCAACUUUUAUGAUGAUUUGGGGAUUUCAGGUGGGACCAUAAGUCACUUCAGGAACAGACGCAGUAUUGUGCCAGGAUGGUAAGAGCAGAGGGAAUUUGGGGUGAGGUUUUCUGUGGAAAGGCAUCUUCAGAAGACCAAAGGGGAUAUCAAGAAGACUGGAACAAUCAUCUAGGAAAUCCCAGCUAAGCUUUGAUUAGAAGGAACUGGAUUCCUGCAUAUACCUCUCAUGCAUUUGACCAUACAUUAUCGGUUGCCCAAGAUAUUUAGAACUUUUAAGUGUCUUUCACUUCAUCAUCGUUUAACUCUUCUAGCCAGAGCUCUCUUUCUAAAUGUUAUCCAUACAUUUGCUGUUCUAUGUGUAAAAAAAAAGUUAUUUGGAAUUAAUUUAUUCUAAAAAAAGGAAAAGUAAGUGACUUCUCAGAAUAGAAAAAAUGUCCAGCUAUACAACUUGAUCUAUCCCAUUCUAUCUAUUUUUUUUUUAAAUCAAAACUACCACUACAUGGAAAAUAAUUCUGUUACUCAAAAUAUAGUCUUAUUUACUUCCAAUUUUUCAGUCAGGUAACAUUCCUCAAAGCACCUAUUUCCCUAUUCUCCAUUAUCUUUUUCUUGAAUAUUUUUUCCGUUUUAUUUUGAUUUAAGAAAAGCAUUUAAAUCAGUUGUCUUGCUUUCAGUUUUUCUGUCACUUAAAGCAACUGAAACAUUAGUGAAGCAGAAAAUGAAAUUGAACAUAAUUUUCAGUAAGUGUUUCUAAAGGCAAGACUUAAGAUAUUUCUUAAGGUAUUUCUUUUUAAAAACAAACUCUUUACAUCUUAAUAUUCUUUUUUGUAUAUUGGCAGAGAAGGUAUAGUACCAAAGGGUAAGAAUGCACAUAGAACAAUCCUAUCUGCUGUUUAAAACUCUUUGAGCAGUAAACUGAUUAUUGUCUGUUUAACCCAUACUUUAAGGUAAAAUAUAUGGCAUUUUCUUCAUUUGUCUUUCUUUCUUUUUACUAUUGUUGCCUGUCACUAAGGAAUUGUUUUUCCAAAGCUGGGAACAAUAAAUACAUUGCAUCAAUUGCAUUUUCUAUACUGAGUUUGAGGGUGAAUACAGCUUUCUUUUCUCCACAUAGAAGUUCCAUCCAGAGCAGGUGUCUCCAAACUUAGCAACUUUAAGACUUUUGGACUUCAACUCCCGGAACUCUGGGAGUUGAAGUCCACAAGUCUUAAAGUUGCCAAGGUUGGAGACCCCUGAUCCAGAGCAUGGACCUCCUGUGGCAAAUCUCUAGUCCUUCUGAGGAAGAUUUGAUAAUGCCAUGAAGAUUUUAACAGGGCUUAGCCAGGCUUCGCUUGGAUGUUAUUGCUGAGCAAUAAAUGAGUUGAGUUGACAUUUAGCUAAAAGCAAACAAGUCUCAUCCUGCCUGAAAGUUAAAUUUGAACUAGGGCUUUGUAUGUGAUGAUAAUAAAUAACAUUCACUACUUUAUAAACAAGUAGACAUGGAACAGGAUUUAAACCUCAUAUUUUUCCCUCACUACCCACACAAACCUCCCUAGAAGAUCUGGACACCAUAGAUUUUGCUCAAAAAUCUCUAGGAUGAUGUCUGAGUAUAAAUCCUGUCAUCCUCAUUAGGGAAUCAUCUGGGUAUGAUUCUAUUAAUCCUACCUGUAGCACAUGCGAAUCACUCAACAGAUGAAAAAAUGCUUCCAGUAAUCUGCACGUGAAGACCACAGUAUGUAAAUUGCAGGGUUUGCUUUAUGAAUUGUCUUUGAAAUACGAUGAGAUUUUUUUUCUUUUUGCUCUGUGAUGUUAAUUGAGGAAUUUGUGAAGUAGUAAGAUGCCAUGUUUACCUCAUUUGAUGAUGCAAGUAUUUCUACAAAUGUAUAUGCACUAAAAUCCAACUCCUUAUCAAAGCUAUAUGCAUGCUACAUUCCACCACUGACAGGCAAUGUAUUUUGCUGUCUAGCUCUACUAUAAAGUGGUCCUUAGAUUCCCAUGUGACAAGCUGGGGUGGGUGGGGGAAUUAGAAACUUAUAUGCUGGCUGUUCAUAAAUGGCAUUGGUUUCAGCUAAGAGCCACUUAUCACUAGCAAAUGGUAUGUGUCACUUUUCUGUGGGUAAACUUGCAGGGUUAAUGCAAGUCAAGUGACCUCAUUUCUCAGCUAUGCAAUAUUAAUAAUUGUGACACAACAACCAGCUGCAAUUGCCCUUUCAAAGCGCUUUUGAAAUAACUUUCAUUUGCACCAUGCCAAUUUUGAGCCGCAGCUUUUCAAAGAUUGCCUUUUUAUAGGGCUUGGAAAUACAGCUUUAGAGCUGACAAAUUUAAAUGUAAUUAUUUUUGUAAGAUAAUUCUUAAUGAGUUCUUGGAUCUCUUUUGAUGUUGGUGGCAAUUAUGAUUAGUGUCUAAUCCUUACACCAUGGGCCCAAUUCUCACUAGCCAUUUAUUUAUGAUGGCUUAUGAAAAGGACACAAUCCUGCUCAAUGUUAAUUAACAGUGGUUUGUUACCUCUAUAUUAGUAAGAUUCUGAACUAAGGCACGAAGCUAUGACCACAUGUUCAUCUAUUGGCUUUUUUUCCCCCCUUAAGAACAUGGACAUAAUUUGGCUUCAACUUGUACAUCAGGAUUGCUUUAUUUUUCUCUUUGGUUCUCUAGUAACAAUAUGCUCUGCAGCUCAGUGCUAAAGACAAAUUUAGAAGCAGAGUCUCUUUCCAAGAUGGCUUUGAGAGAGCUAAUCUUGUUCAAAUAUUAUUGACCGAAGCUGUUUUACAAUCUCUUGUCCAAAAGCUGACUCAUUUGAUUGUGAAAUGAUGUUCCAUAAAUCCGGAUUAUAGAUGCAAAAGUUAAAAACCAUUGCGAAAGACUGUUUUUAUGUCUGUGCUCAACAUAUGCUCCUAAACAUAGUGCAGAUUUUUCUUCUUGGAAGCUUCUGGCAGAGAAUCCCGACCAUCCCCCAACAUUUUAAAGGAAAUCUGUAUGAUGCCAACUAAAUUAGGAUGGAUAUACUAUUAAUUUUCUCAUUUUCAGUUGCUGUUGUAGUUCAUUAGACAGUACAUAAGCGGGGUGCAAAAAUCCAAAGUUUUCAUGUGUCUCUGUUGCCAUCUGCUUGCUGCCUGGAUAUUUUUUAAAAAACAGAGAUCAAUGAACAGCCCAACUCCAUUGAUAUUUCAAACUUAAGAAUUUCAGCAAUUGAGGUUUGUAACCAGGCAGCUUAUUGGACAAGCUUAACAUAACAUAACAUAACAGCUUAUAUCUAGAUAUUAAAGCACAAAGUACUACUGUAUUUAAAAUGAAUUCAGAACCAAGUGCUGUAUUUAUGUGGCAUAAAUGGGGCAAGGUUCUCUGCUCUAGUAUUACAAAUUAGCUGCUAGUUUAUUUGAAUUUGGGUAUAAAUUGGCUUAAAUAAAGUUCAGACAGGUUAGCUGGAUUUCAUUUUGUAUGUAACUAGCUUUAGCCAGCUUCUGUUUUAUAUAUAUCCAGUAGACCCUCAAUAACACUGCAUGAUUAAGCAGUGAAAAGGGAAUUAUUUUUAUUUUUUGCACUAUAUGUAUAUUGAAGACUUUGGAUAUUAUAUUAUUUACCAUUUCAAUCAAACAAAUGCAUGUGUCCACUACUUAAAUGGGCUUGUUUCCUGUUUAUGGGUAGGAAUCAAGAAUUACUUGAAGGCACUGGGAAAAAAAAACCUUUUAAAAGAAUUCACAUUUAGAGCAUAACUGAAUUAACAGAUUAGGGCCUUGAUGGCGAACCUAUGGAAUGUGUGCCACAGGUGGCAUGCAGAGCCUUAUCUGUGGGCACUUGAGCGUUGCCCUAGCUCAGCUCCAGUGUGCAUGCGCGUAUGGCCCAGUUGAUUUUUGGGUCUAUUUCUGGCCUUCGGAGGGCCUCCGGGUGUGUGUGUGGAGAAGGCCGUUUUCUCCCUCCCCAGGAUCCUAGAAACCUCUGGAGCCUGAGGAGGGAAAAAAACAGGCUUUCCGAUCCCACCAGAAGUCAGGAAAUGGACAAUUUCUGGCCUCCAGAUGGCCUCCGGGGGUGGGAAAGGCAUUUUCGCCCUCCUCAGGCUUCAAGAAAGCCUCUGGAGCCUGAGGAGGGCGAAAAAUGGGCCUACCAGGCCCACUGUGCCAUUGCAUGCCAAAAGCUGGGGGUCAUGUGCACAUGCGCAUGCGGGGAUGUGUGUGUGUGAGAGGCGCAUUGAAUUAUGGGUGUGGACACGCACACACACAACCCCCCUGUGCUCCCCCUGCUUUUGGCACGUGACAGCAAAAAGGUUAGCCACCACUGGAUUAGGGUAAUAUAAAGGGGCAGAUUGCCAGUAGCUCUUGAACAAUGUUUGUUUCUGAAUACAUGAAAUGAUUACUUUCGGUUGAAUGUCAGGCAUUUAGAGAUUGUCUUUUGCAAUUUAGUUUCCAACUGGAUUCCAUUGUUUGUUCCUAAAUUAUCACUUCAAGUUAGAGUUUAAUCCUGGAUUAUGGAUAGAUGAUGAUUUGUUGCCAUGCAAAAUCAGAAGGGAGCCUGUAAGAUGCUGCUGGUGCUUAUAAUGGUUUGGUUAAGGCUGACAUCUGAAUGUCCUCAAUAUGUGAUAAGUAUGUCAUAUGAUAAGAAUCCAAAAUACUUUGUUUUCAAUAUCCUAAAUUAUUUUAUUUUUCUGUGUGCUAGCAAUAAACACUAAGAGAGUUAAUUUAUAAACAUAAUGUUUAAGAUACAGUUUAAGACUAACAAAAUUAUAAAGGCUUUUGUUAAAAAAUAAAAUAAACUAGACUGAGAUACUGUAGCUGUGAUCCUGUACUAUUUACAGCCUGAUCCUCUGCAUGUUUGCCUCUGCAUACUCAGAAGCAAGUUUCACUUUAAACCCGGGCUGUUAAACUCUCGGCCCAUGGGCUGGAUGCGCCACACGCUGGCUACUCAUGCCUGUUUUAGCGAAGGGGGGGAAGUCCCGAUACAUCACGUGACAACAUGACGCUGUGAGUUGACACCCCUGCUUUAAACAAUGGGAGUUAAUUCUAAAUAAAGCUGCACAAGAUUGCAGCUGUAAUAAUUUUCAUGACCCUUCAAUCACAUUGCCCAUGAUAUUGAUUUGAUAACUCUUUAUACCUGAUUAAUGCUGAAGGAGGAACUGUUUGGUAGUGCGAUUCUAUUUCCCCGCCUUUCUUUCAGCUUCAAGACUUCAUAAAAAUGUUCACUUGUCAACAGGAAGUUACAUGUAUUUUCUAGCACAUCGAAUUUUGGUUGAAUAAAGUUGAGCAAAUGAAA